CCCAGCUGCUUACCCACACCCCUUACUUCCCGAUCCCCACGCAUCACGUAGGCAUGUAUGUAUGUAUGGCGCGCAGGGUAGGUUUCUCAAUUUAAAGCUCCAUCCCCCGAGUCCAAGAUCUUGUCGAUACAUCCAACAGAACGGUGCAUCCCCAACCCACAGUCUGACAGCCCCAGACGUUCCACUCCUUCUACCAAACAACCAUUCGUCACUCAUUUACACAUCCACAUACACAACCAUCAACAAAACCCCCUAUCCCCGCCCCCCAAAAAAACCCCCGCAAAAUAAUCCAAAAUGCAACUCUCCGCCCUCCUCCUCGCAACCGUCACCCUCCUCGCCUCCACCGUCUCAGCCCAGAGCCGUCCCCACGGCAUCGACAUCGGCAACGAGGCCUGCGUGGGCUCCUGUGUCCGCAACCCCAAGCUGUUGACCUGUCCCAAGACCAAGUACCAACCCGACCAAGGAUGCUAUGUAUGCUGCUGGGCGGACGAUGACGCCGAUGCGUGGGCCGAUCACGUUCACGAUGACUUUGGGGAUUUUUGAUUCAGAUCGAAAGGGGGGGUUGAUUCCGCCGAGCCGUUAGGGGCUCGGUUCGAUUGGUGUGGCUUUUGCUGUGAUGUGAGGUGAGGUGAAAGACGCCCGCGCCGGGUGGUGACGGUUACUGGCUUUGCUUUUCUGGGGUAUACGUAUACACGCGCGAGGGCGAGUUUAUGAUGGACUGACUGUGCUGUAUGUACUUGCGAGUCGGAUUUAUACUAUGAAGGUUGAUAUCCUCAAGCGGGACGGUUUAUAUAAGGUCGGGUAGUCCGGUUUAAUGGAUUCUAUGCUGUUGAUUUCA